AGUCGUUGAGUGAGCGCUCAGCACAACAAAACAAGAGUGGAACUUUCUCAUAUCGGUGUUUCUCGAUUUCCUUAUCUUGACAAUGUUUUGUAUAUAAAUUGUUAUUCAAAGAGUGCUAUCUUUUAAUAAUUAGUGAAACAGUAAAGUGAUCACAUUUUGCGUGAAAAUGUACGGCAAAAGCGCACAGAAACGGCACAGAAAAAGGAAAACAUGGAGAAUUAAACACUGGAAGAUGUUGGGUGAUUAUGAAGAUGAUUCGUCAUCUUCGGGUGGUGAACUCACCCCGACUCGCAAGUCCGGCUCUGGAGCAGCGACCCAAAAUAGCGCCCAGCAAAACCCUUCGAUUCUUUCAUCGUUACGAAGCGUCUUGAUUGUCAUAAGUUCGGCUCUAAUUUGUUUUGCAGCGGCGAGAAAUUCAAUCACUUGGCACUGUCAGAGAUUCUGGGGGGCUUCGGGCGACUUUUGGCAGGCCCAAUGGGAUAAAUUUUUGGAUACGGUGGGCGAGGAUCCUUUCAGCUUGUGGGUUUAUGGAACAACAGUCCUGACUUUUGGGGUAUAUUGGCUGUUUGGGGGGAUAUACACCAUUUUAGAUGUGACCAACAAACCGGCAGCUCUUCGACGGUAUAAAAUCCAGCCGGGGACGAACGAACCCGUCGAUAAUAAAAAACUCCUCCAUGUCAUUUGGUGCGUGAUUUUCAACCAAAUCAUAGUCGGCUUGCCCUCCACGAUCCUCAUGUAUUGGAUCAUGUCUUGGCGGGGGUUCCCCCCAUUACGCGAGCUUCCUACCUUCCAUUGGGUAUUGUACGAAUUGGCAGUGCAUAUUCUAGUCGAAGAAGCCGCCUUUUAUUACUCCCAUAGACUCCUACACCACCGUUACCUCUACAAAAUCAUCCACAAACAACACCACGAAUGGACAGCCCCAAUUGCGGUAACGGCUAUUUACAGUCACCCAAUUGAACAUCUCUUUUCCAAUUUGAUUCCUCCAUUUUUGGGGGUAUUUAUAAUGGGGUCUCACGUGGCCACGGCUUGGUUGUGGUUCACUUUAGCGCUCUUAUCAACGUUGAAUGCCCACUCUGGGUAUCAUCUCCCGUUUUUCCCAUCACCGGAAGCCCAUGAUUUUCAUCACAUGAAAUUUAAUAAUUGUUUCGGGGUGUUGGGUGUGUUGGAUCGGCUUCAUGGCACUGAUACCAACUUCCGGUCAUCGAGGGCCUACGUCCGCCAUAUUAUGAUGUUAAGCUUCAUCCCUCCAAGGGAGGCCUACCCUGAACCCAACCCCUGCAAACACAAGCUGGGGAAGCAGUAAUAGGAGUUCGGGAACCAUAUUUUAACUCAUGCACAUAUAAUGUAAUAAUAUUAAAGUGAAUAUUGUUAGAUGUAGUUGCGUCACUUCCUGAAUAUGACCAGGAUUUAUAAAAAAAUAUUGUAAUUGUUAUAUCUCUCUAAGGGGUGAUUUUUUUGUAUAUUUGACGGUUGUAAGAACGGAAAUGUUCCAUGAAACACAAAGAAACUUGUUUUUACGUAAUAUAACAUUUAUAUUACGUUGCAGUUGCAUAAAUUUUAUAUUUGUUAGUGUUUAUUGGAGCAACAGCAAUGGUUUUUGGGAACAAAUCUCAAGAAAUUAUUUUUUCCCAAGGAAAUGGCGAAACGUAAUUAGCGGAUUUAAGACGUAAGAAGGAAUGCAAGAAUUUUAAGGGCUGUAUUUUUACUAUAUUUGUAUUAUACUAUUGGUUGAAUAUAGCAAUAAAUAUUCUGACUGUGAA